AGGGAAUGGGAGAAAGCUGCUACACUUUGCUACUCUUCCUUGCUUUAUGCUUCCUUUUGUCCUUGUCCUCUUCUUCUUCUUCGACGUUGAGAAUUGGGACUAAAUUUUCAAGGCCAGCACACUCCCCUCUCCCUUCUCCCCCAAACCCAAAAGAGAAAAUCGAAAAAAGUCGGAAACUUGUUGCUGAAAAUGGUCGUGUUUCUGAGACUUGCGAUGCUCCUUUGGAUAUGCAUUUGCUAUGGAGUUUGUCGUUCAUGCGCUGUCGCCUCAUCAUCCGCGUCGCCAGCUAUGUGCCGUUCUCCUUCACCCCAAUCCAACCCUCCUUUUCUUACUCAUCUGCUUUCUCAGUGCCAUCUUUCCUAUUACCGUCCCAACUUCCCCGUUGAGAUGAAUGGAGACUCCCGCGAGAGUGCCCUAAGUUCCAAAUCAGGGAACACAUAUACUGCUGUGCUUUUCUAUGCCUCCUGGUGUCCAUUUUCACAGGAUGCCCUUUCAGCCUUUGAAGUCUUGGAUUCCUUGUAUCCUGAAAUUGAUCAUUUAGCCGUUGAACAAUCUUCAACUGUGCCAAGCUUGUUUUCAAGAUAUGGCAUACAUAGCUUACCAGCUAUAAUAAUUGUGAGCCAAAAGUCCAGGACCCGUUUUCGUGGUUCUAAAGAUCUAGACUCCCUUAUCAAAUUUUACAAGAAAACCACUGGACAUGAACCAGUUCAAUACAUUGCUGUGGAUCAGUCUGGCAAUUCAGGAAUUGGUGGAAAGUCCAUGGUGGUAUCGCGAUGUGGGUCAUCUGCAAAGGAAACGUUGACAAGAGAGCCCUACUUAUUUUUCUCUGUGUUAUUCCUUUCUUUACGAGUGAUGGUGUACGUGUGCCCAAAAUUCCUUUUUCAUUCAAGAAAUCUCUGGGUAUCUUUCCGCCCCCAUUUGAAUUUGGAAAUUUUUGGAGGGACAAGCGAAAUCUUAGGGCAGAUCUUUCAGAUGACUGAUUUCAAGAGAGUUUGGACCAAGAUUAGAUUGUGUAAUCACAGGAAUUUCCACCUGGGUGCAAGCAAUGCAAGAGUGUUUGCUUCGUCUUUCGCUUCCGUCUCCUUGGGUGAAACUUCGCUAUCUAAAUUGUGAUCUUGAGGUAAAUUUGAUCCCACUUUUACUGUGAAAAUAUUCAUAAACUCUAUAGAGUGACACCAAAAGGUUUUAUAGGUAAGAGUUACUUUGUCUUUUGUUUUCAUCUAACCUCCAUCCCAAAGUUGUGAGCAAGGUGGGAGUGGAUGGAUGGCCUUGUACAUCAGAAAUAGCUCCAUGUAAAUUAUGUUGAAAGAAACAUUUUAAUAUGGUAGAGUCGUGAAACAUGACAAUGGUAAAGAAACACUUUUGUAUCCAUUUUUCAGACUUUGGAAGUUGAGUUCCAUUCCCAUUGUUGAUGGCACAUUAGUCUGCAAUUCUCUAUAUGCUAAUACGACAGGAUAGCACUAUAAAUCCAUGAGACUACUGUUGAUCCUCAUUUGUUGGCUACGGAGGAAACUUUUACUGGACAAUGUGCUUGAGCUUUAAUGAGCCAUUUCCUAAGCAUUUCCCUUUCAGUCUUGCUUUAACAUAGGCAGCAUUUGGAGCCUGUGGUGGUCCUUUUCCUUUGCAUCGUUUAGUAGGCGUUUGGUCGUGGCUCCACGCUUCACCAUUGACAACCUUUCACCUUCUCUUACAUGGUCACACCAGGUACGUAGGAAUUUUACCUGAAGAAGCCCUCACGGACGGCCCGUUAAUAGCAUGCUGCUGCAGGAAAAUGACAACGUUGAAUCUUCCGUGUUCUGUGACAGCCUGCAAUGUUCUCAGAAACAUCUCCUUCUCCUGUGCUUUUCUUUGAAAAAGAAAGAGACAAAUCUGGAGAUGCAAGUCGCGUACUAACACAACAAAACCAAGAAGCAAACAGGAAACACUAGCGAAAAUUAGCAGAACAAGAAAAAGCACAUACUCAAGCUCCUGAUCAAGGUAGCAAACUGAGUAGACAUAAUAAUUUAUUGGCCCAUAUGGUAACCAUUGCACUUCAAAUUUUGAGAAAAAUUUGUAACCCCUUGUGUUAAAAUUUUGACAAAAAUGCAACUCCUUGUGGGGCUGUGCGUUAGUUGAACAUUAUAUGGCUUGGAAAAUCAAUGCAGGAUACUGCACAUCGAGACAGAUAGAUAGAUAGCUAAAAUCCAAUAAAGAUACUUCCUCACGGACAGUUGUACAUGUAUGAGGGGGGAGUUUCACUU